ACCAGGGUUUUUUCAUCUCCAUCUGUAACGUCGUGUCAGCGGGCAGCCGUCGACCGGCCAUGUCUGACCAGCACCGAGUCGACGAAGUAUCCAGCAGACGCUCUUCUGAAGGCAUCUCCAAUGUACAGGACCGCUCAGAAGGGUCGCCUCAGAAUAAUGGCUCGAAAUUGCGUCAAAACAACGAAAAGAAGCCAGAGAAAUUGGAGACUGGCAAGGAACACGUCAAUUCAGAUAGUAUUGGGGUCGAACCAUCUUCGAGCCCGGGAAUACAGGAUGAAGCCGGCGUCGAGGGUGAUGGAGGUGCGAAGAAGUCCAGACCAGAUGCUGGUUUAAAGACAGACAAUGACCCGUUCAACUACGAGGACAAGUACCCCGAAGAUAAUAUUUAUGAAGAAACAGCCCCGAAUGCGAGAGUAUGGAGAACAUACGUGGACGAGAGUACGAAUUACGACGCCAGGAUGGUCGGGGAAUCGAGAGAUAGUGUCGAUGUGCUUCUUGUUUUCGCUGGUCUUUUCUCAGCGGUAGUGAUAACCUUCGUAGCGCAAACAUCACAGAGUCUACAGGCGGACUAUACUCAGGUAUCGGCAUCCCUGCUCUUCGAAAUGGUCCUCAUUCAGCGCGCCCUUGCGAACGGUUCCUCUCUCGACAACGUUCCAGUGUCUUCUCUCAAUCCAUAUACCGCAUUCACUCCUGCAACUACGGACGUCUGGGUGAACGGGCUAUGGUUCACGAGCCUCUCCCUUAGUCUAUCAACUGCCCUGGUUGCCGUGCUCGUGAAACAGUGGCUCCACCAUUACCUCGCGCUUCCUUCAGGGACGCCUCAGGAGCGAAGUCAUGUUCACCAAUAUCGAUAUGGGGGAUUCCAGAGGUGGCAUGUUCUCGUCAUCAUUGGUCUUCUUCCUGUCCUCAUGCAUCUCGCACUUGGGAUCUUUUUUGUCGGAUUGGUCAUAUUCCUUGUACCGCUCCGACCUGGCCUUUCCUGGGUCAUCGGCAUAGGCACUGCUGCUGCAUACGCGACGUAUUUGAUAACCAUCUUCCUACCAAUUCUAUGCCCACAAUGCCCCUACCGUACACCGCUGUCGGAUCUCGUAUACUUCCCCUAUCGUUAUAUCACCCAGGACCUAUUCCCUAAACAUAUUCUUCCGCUCUUCGUGGAAGAGAAGGAUGAUGAAUCUGUUUUCUACAAGCCUGAAGCAAAGGGCAUAAGUUCGUUGGAUGAUCUGGAAAGGAAAGUGGUGCAAGAACGGUCAGGAAUCUUGAUUGUGGUACAGGCUAUCGGUGGCCUGCCACUGUCGGCGAAGGAUGCAGUGAAGAAAGUAUUUGGGGAAGCGAGAGACCUUCGUAUGGCUCAGAUUGGGCUACUGUGGGAUUCCGUGCAGAUCCAAUCACACUCCACAAAGCCAAAACCAGGAAUGGAACCUAAAGUCGAACGCUUACUUCGUUUCGAAUUGUUCAUCCCGCACUUGUUUCACAUGGGACGUAACCGAUUUUACAUUGAUAUAGCCGACAGCGGCUUAGGACUCGCUGCCGCCGUUCAAUCAAACGAUGCACUCCAGAGGAGUCAAUACAAACCAUCCAAUACACCUACUCCGGCCGCGUUUUUUGAGCAAGUGACGUGUUCUAGUCAAAUGAAGCUACCUCCAGCCGUUUGGCUUAAGCUUAUGCGAAUGGCCAAAGAUGAUGGCGCAUUCGCUCCGAUCGACAUCGACUCACUAGAUCCCUUUCCUAUGGUUCUGUGUAGUCGCGUCGUCCCUUGCAUAAUGAGCUCGUUCACGACCAAAGACGUGCCGCCAUGUCUUGACUUCGACACUGCAGCCUCAAUCUACUUCAACGACGAAUUGGCAGCCAACUUGGUGAACAUGCUUUCGGUGUUUGAUAUAUUGACCGAUAAAACAUUUUUUCCUUCGACCUUUAAGCUCACGCUAGCUUUCAUUUGAUAUCUACUCCAUCG